AUGGUCCUACCGGAUGUAGACCUCGACCAGUUGAAGCAACUCUUGACGGAACCGGUCCAAUUCCUCGUUGGUGGCGACGGAGUCGCUUUUCACAUCUGUCGAGGCCUUCUGUCUCGGCUCUCCGGCCCAUUCCAUACUCUCGUCCAUGGCGGGAUCCCGUCAACGAAGGGCUGCGUGGACUGGAUGGUUGUCGAGGAGGCAGUCUUCUGGCGGUUCGCUCAGUUUGUCCACACCGGCUCGUACACGGACUUCGCGCCGGUCGGGGAAGACGGGCCUUACCAUAACAACAACGCCAACGACAGCGUGGCUGGCGGAGCAGAGGAGCAGGCAGACACCAGCAGCUCUGGCGAACGCCUGCUACCAGCCUAUUCCGGAGCCCAUCCCAAGGCUUCGUCGGAAUCCCACGAGAUAGAGAGAAGCGACGUGUUCCGAUUGCCGUACUCUCUUGUCUCCUACGAAAGCGCCGCCAACAUGUGGCUCAUCAAUCGAUUCUAUACCGCCCCGCACUCCACAUCGUGCAAAGACCAGGGCGGGCCGGUACGGCUCCCGUCCAAGCGAAAGUUCGAGGAAAUAUCAUGCAAUUGCGGGCCUUCCGAGAAGAAACGAGACUGUAUCGCAGCGUUCAUAGCGCAGUGCGGUAGCCUCCCCCCCAGCAUCGAGAACGAGGAGGGCAUCAAACUUCGCGGGGACGUGUCGACGCGCCGCACCAGGUCUGCUGAACAAUUGCUCAUUCACGCCAAGGUGUGGUUCUUGGCCGAGAGAUACGCCGUGGCGUCGCUUAUGGAACUUGCUUGCUCCUACUUGGUUGAUGAGCUUGCGCAGUGGACCAUUUCGGCAUCGGACUUCGUUCCGAAGUUCAGCGCUCUCGUCCGCUAA